CUACCCUGAUAAGUAAUGAUUGCUUCUAUGUUUGUGUUGUGUAGUUGUUGGACGUGUCUGGUGGAUCUGGAGGGGUUAAAUAUGAGACAUCUGUGGAGACCAGGAAUCAAAGCCUUGCUGAGGAUGAUAGAGCUUGUAGGAGCCAACUACCCUGAGACUCUGGGACGUCUCCUAAUACUGAGAGCACCCAGAGUGUUUCCUGUGCUCUGGACUUUGGUGAGUCCAUUCAUCGACGAAAACACACGGAAGAAGUUUCUCAUCUAUGCUGGGAAUGACUACCAGGGGCCUGGAGGUCUGGUGGACUACAUCAACAGAGACUUCAUCCCUGACUUCUUAGGAGGAGACGCUCUGUGUGAUGUUCCUGAGGCUGGUCUGGUUCCCAAGUCUCUGUAUCGUACGGCUGAGGAGCAGGAAAACGAGGAUCUUAAACUGUGGAGCGAAACCAUCUACAAGAGCGCGAGUGUGUUGAAGGGAGCUCCACACGAGGUGCUGAUCGAGAUUACAGAAGUAUCGUCUGUCAUUACGUGGGACUUUGAUGUGUGUAAAGGAGACGUGAUCUUCAACAUCUAUCACUCCAGAAGAGCUCCUCAGCCAGUUAAAAGAGACGGUCUGAGCGCACACAACCUCGCCUGUCCCGCCGGAAACAACGUCCAGCUGAUCGACAGAUCCUGGAUGCUGGGACAAGACUACAGCAUGGUGGAGACGGCCCUGAGCUGCCGAGAGGGAGAGAGCGUACAGGGAUCUCAUGUGACGCGCUGGCCUGGUUUCUACAUCCUGCAGUGGCGUCUUUACAGCAGUCCAUCAUGCACUUCUUCCAGUCGGCCGCGUGUAGAUGAUGUUCUGGCCUCUCUGCAGGUCUCCUCACACAAAUGCAGAGUCAUGUAUUUCACAGAGGUGCUGCUCUCCACUGACUUCAGGGGCUCCAUGAGCAGCCUGGAGUCGAGUCACAGCGCUUUCUCUCUGCUCAGUGCCGCCACCAGCUCCUCCAACCAAUCACAGACAGAGUCAAGCGUCUCAAGAUAGCAGGAAAACAAGACGCUUCUGUGACUGUAGCUCUGCAGGAAAUGAUGAAGGAUCAUGUGACGCAGUGAAACAUCAAAACACAACAAGCGUCUGCAUGAGUGCUGAUCUUUAGCAUCAAAAACUGCAGGCUUGAUGGAAAUUAUG